AUGAGGCCGUCUACUACUACCGGUAGUCACAAGCUGCUCUUCUGGGCCAUUGUUCUUGCCAUCCACCGUGUCGCUGCUACUCGCACCCCAGCUCCCACGCCACCUCCUUCCCCCACACCACCUCCUUCCCCCACACCGGCUCCUACGGCACCAGCCGAUUAUGAUCCGGGCAAUUUACAAGUCUACGAAGAAGAUAUCGAUAUUUAUCUUUCCAAAGGCUUGACGGCACGGGUGAUUGCAAGGAGUGGAGAACCCGUGCCGUACAGCAAUGGUAGUCAAUCCACGGAAUCGUUUCACUUGAAUCCCGAUGGUGCCGCCGUCUUUGAAAAUGAGAGCACCGGUGGUUGGGUGUAUGUGAGCAAUUCGGAAACAGACGAACACAAUGGCGGAGUUGGAGGUCUUUAUUUUGACAAGGACGGCAAUCUCAUUGAGUACAAAAUGUUGUUGACUGGUACCAAUCGCAACUGCAACGGCGGAAAAACAUUUUGGGGCGCGUGGAUUUCUUGCGAAGAAGACUAUGAUUCCGUUGGCCAAGCUUGGCAGGUCGAUCCCUUUGGCAUUCGAGAACCCGUGGCAAUCACUCACGGCAGCACGGGUGGUGCCUGGGAAUCCUUUGCACUGGAUGCGAGAGAUUCCACCAAAUACUAUGCCUUUCUCACGGAAGAUAUCGAGCGAGGUGCUGUGCAACGAAUGACACUGGAAAAACCCGACACUUCCAAUCCUUGGGAAAUUCUGUUGCAAAAUGGAACUGUGGAUUAUUUGUUGCUGGAACCGAAUUGUGAUAACAAUGGUGGAACGUUCCAAUGGAUUACAGACGAGGAAACUGCACGACAAAAUGCCGCAGACGUCUAUCCCACAUGCGAAGGCAUGGAGAUGGAUGGGAACAUUCUGCGAGUGAUAUCCAAAGCGCGUUAUGGUUUCUUCCAUUUGAAUUUGGAUGCCGGUACAUAUGUAUUUGAGAGUACGCAAUUUGCCGGUCAACCCGACCAAAGCACGACGGUGUAUCAAGAGGAUGGGAGCAAACUAAUCUACUUUUCGGAAGAAGCCGACCCAAUUCGUGGCUGUUUCGGUGCACAGGUGGGCAUUCACACUCGCAAUGAAGCCGGGGAAUACACCAAUAUACUCUUUGGAGAGGAGAGAUCACCGGAAACAACUGGGAUUGCCUUUAGUCCAGAUGGCAUGUACAUGUACUUUGCGUAUCAACAAGACGGUUUGGUGAUGGAAGUCUCUCGCACCGACGGCCUUUCCCUAUUUGGACGAACGGCAUCUCCUGCCGAUCCAUGUACCGCCGAACGUGUUCAAAAUGCCCUGAGCUCUGCUUGGCAGAGUUUUCGUGGCUGGAUGCUUCCGUAG